ACGACAUCGAGCACCACUUGGGAGCCGGGGAGAGAAUAUCAGGUGGCGCUCAUGCUACAGGACGGCAACAAGGGCUCCGUGUACGUGAAUGGUGUGAUUGUGGGGAGCCCAGAGAAUAUAGCGACACCUGAGACGCUGGGACAUGAAAUCACACAAUUCUAUUUUGGUGGAGGUGAGGGAGACAUCAACAGCAAUGUGACAGUGACGAGCGUCUUUCUGUACAACCGCCCACUGAGUGUCGGUGAACUAAAAAUGGUCAAGAAGAGCGACGACAAAAAAGGAAACGGUGGCGGCUCCAUGCGUGGGGGGCGUUUCUCGGGUGCUGCUGUGCGGCAUUGUGGCCCUUUACUGAGAAAUUGCGGUGAGGACUUCCUGCCACCAGCUGGGACAUAUGCGUCUGGCCACGCGCUCUUUUAA